AUGAAACUACUGCUGAUUUUGUUGUCGCUGACGGCCAUGGCUUUCGCAAUGCCAGCGAACACGUCGGGCUCAAUUUUCUGCUACUGCAAACCUGCGCCGCCCAUCUGCGCCAGCAACGGUGUGACCUACACGGGCGAGUGCAACAUGCGCUGCGCCAACAACUGGAUCCCGGAGAAGCUGUACGUCGUCCACGAUGGACCCUGCCCG